AUGAGGAGGCAACGGAGGUGGCGCACAGUGGUAGAUCACGGAGGUGCUGGUGCGCCGGCGAAGACUGUGGCCGCGAAGGUAACGUGUAGUGGUGGUGGCCGCGACUCGAGGGUGGAGGCGCGACGCGGGGCGGAGGCAAGGUUGGCCGUGCAGGAUUGCUGGCAGAGAAAAAGGUAUGGACUUCGGUUUGUUCUUAUAUGGAUUGCUUUUGGUUUUGUGUUUCGGGCUUUAUUGGGUAUUUGCCCGUCCGUUUACUUUGUAAUCUAUCUGCUCCCCCUCUUUCAAAUCCCCAUUUGUUCAAUCCAUUGGGUUGCAAGAAUUCAGGGUGAAUGUUGGUGGCUGGCAGAGGGAAGGUGGCCCUUGCAGAGAGAGGGUCGCUGUAGGGUGGCCGUGGGGCUUCUGUUGAUACCUACUGGUGGUUGCAGGUGGCUGGGGAUGGAAACACGAAAAUGGGUCCGUCUUCUCUGCGAAGGAGAAAGGGGAAGACUGAUGUAUUUUGUAAAAAUUCAAUUGUUUGAUUGUGUUUAUGUAUUGGGUUUAUUGCAGAAGCAAAGAAUACAAUCUCUUUGUGUUACUUCCUUCUCUCUCUCUGGUGUCUUACAAAUGAAAAUCUUGGAGGCAAAUGCUGGUGCACUCACAAAUUUUGAGGUCCUUGAUUUCUUACGAGCUAAAGGAGCUUCAAAGGAUCCGACAAGGGUUAUUGCCAAAGUAGCGCAGUCUGAAUAUAAGGUUUAUGAUUAUUUGGUUGGCACUGCUGCCUCUGAUCAAACAAAAGAGACCAUCAAUGAGUUUUUGACAAGUAUUAAACAGCAUGACCUGGCAAAAGCUGAGGUUCUGAACAUAUUAAACACUAGACCAGUUGCUGAUGUUGAAAUAUUCCCUAUCAUAGAGAAUUGUGAGGGGCGUUUCUCAGAUGACGAGGUGAAUGAAAUAGUAGAGCUGGUGAAGAAAACAUUGCCGCCACCUCCCAAUAUGAAGCAAGAUGAAAUCACCAAAGGGUGA